AUGGCAUAUAUUCUCUACACGAUCCUUUUCUUCUCCAUCGCUAUCUCAACAGUCCUAUACUUCACGCGCAGCCGCUGGACACCAUACCUCCCGAUCGCGGUGCAAGACUUCUUCUCCCGAUUAAACCCCUACACAUACAGCCGUCUCCCGACUUCGUUCAUGGGCGAUGUCGAAUCAGGUUUUACUUCCGCGGACUUCGACCUCAGUUCCAACAUCAUGGAGGGUGACAGCCGCGGCGGCCUCGACCAGAAGGCGAAGCGCGAGAUCCAGAGGUUGAUGAAGAUCAGAGGCAUCAAUUUCGACGAAGCCAGGAGGGUGUACAUGGAACAGCGAUUCAAGAAGAAUGGCAUCGGAGAGGACGGAAUUCCCAGGGACCCCAAGUUCGUGUCGUUCUCAUAG